CGGACAACAGUCAUGAUCACAUCCAUGCCCUACCUGCCGCACAUGAGACGCAUCCUGGUCCUUGGUCGGCGCGCCUUCUCCUGCUCCAGUCCACUCCUCGAGUCGCGUCCCCCGCCUUUGCUUCUUUCUACUGUCGCAGACCUGGAGGGAAUCCCACGCCGGCGGUUGCACAUCAGCAACAUGCCGGCGAAUUACAACUUGAAUGGUCUCGUGAACUUACUCGAGGAGAAUUUUGGGCGUCUGAGGCCGGUCAACAAUGCACGCAUGCGCCUAAGCACCCCAAGCUGCGCCCUAGUCGUGCUCAUGCAAAACAUCGCAGAAGCCAAAAAAGCCGUCGCCGCUGACUUGACGCUGGGGUACGAAGGGCGUCCGCUCAAAAUCGAGUUCGCGAAAUUCGCUCCGCUUCACCUACCCCAAAAACUCGGCAGGCGGCUUGUCAUCGAAGGCCUCGCACGGGAAAAGACGCUCCUCGAUAUGUGGCCGCUGCUGACGAAGAGCGCGGCGUUUGACGGGCUGGAUAUCCGAGACAUCACGAUCGCGAAGGACAACACGGGCAACGUGCAGGUGUAUAUGAUCACUAAGAACGAUGCCAUCCGCGCAUAUGUGCGCAUGACAGACGAGCCUUUCAAGGACGGGGACGAUACGUUUUACACGGCGAAAUUCCUGCAACACGAGACGCAGAAAGAUUCGGAUCUGAGCCUCGAGCCCUCGCGCCGGGUGUACUUCUACCACUACGAGGGCACACCCGCCGCACUCAAAAGCCACAUCUCUGCGUGGUGUGAAUAUACCGGGGAGAGGAGGAAGCCCAAGUUCCUGGUUAACUUUGUGGGAGGAACGAGCUCUGGAAUCAUCGAAUUCGAGAGCGUCCAGUGGGCUGAGAGGGCUUUGCGAGAGCUGCGCGGGUCGAUCAUUGAGAGCCGCUGGAUCUUCAAGGCCCAUUUUGCUCUUGCCAGGUCAUCUAUAUCAAAUGAUGCAUACGAGCGAUCUUCCUCGGAAAGGCGCCAGCUGGACCCGAGAGAUACUGUCGUCCUGCGGGUGCUCUCCCUGUCUCAAGAUUCGGAGGACCCUCUACCAUAGCAUUCACGCUGCACAUCAAAUUCUUUGUAAUGAUGUUCUUAUGGAGCAGGAAUCAAACGAGGACCACAACGUCGGCCGCAAAUCUGUGACUUUGGCUCCCCGUGAGAACAUGCAUCUGAUUGAUGCGCUCGAGUUCGCUCUGUACUGCUGCGUCCCCAAAAAUCUAGGCGUGAGCAUAAUCAGUUCCGCAGCGCCUUUCGAUUUCUGCUCGGAUCGAAUAUGAUGUACCUUGUGGACACUGUCG